AUGACGGAAAUCGCAUACGUGGCUCGAAUGCUGCUGCGUAGACUAUGGACCUCCCAUAACGCCCUCACUCAAACUCACACCCAACACACCCGCCACCUAACCAGCACCCACACCCACCUAGAAAAAGCCCUCCCCCCCCGGCCCAAAAUCCUCGACUCGGAAAUCCAGGAAUCCUUCCUUAAGGGCUCCGGACCCGGCGGGCAGAAAAUCAACAAGACGUCCUCGGCAGUCCAAAUCAAGCAUUUACCUACGGGGAUCGUGGUGAAAAGCCAAGAUACCCGUAGUCGGGAGCAUAACCGUAAGCUGGCGAGGAAUUUGUUGGCGGAGAAGCUGGAUCAGAUGGAGAAGGGGGAGGGGAGUCGGAUGGCGAUUAAGGGUGCUAGGAUGAGGGAGAAGAAGGCUAGUGCGGAUAAGAAGGCUAGGAGGAAGUAUAGGAAGUUGGGGGAGGGGAAGGCUGGUGGGAAGGAGGGGAGUGGGGAUGAAGGGAUGGUAGGUGUGGAGAGUGGUGCUGGCGAUGAGGCUAUGGAUGGGGAGGAUGUUGAUGGGCAAGCUGGGAGGGCUCAAGAGCUGCCACCGAAGACGAAGGUCCCUAGCCCGGGAUAA